UAAAUAGUGGCACCUUUUCACUCACCUUAUUUGAAAUUUAUUUAUUUGAGAAAAAACCUAGGAACUCAAUUUCAAUAUGGAGCUUGAAAUAUUUAGUGAAAUUAGUAUAAAAACGUCAGUUCAAGAUCUUAUUGACCCCUACAAAAGUGAAGUGAGAGAGUUUAAAAAGAAACAAGUCAAUGAAGAGAUUGCACCACUUUUUGGCAGAGAGAACUUAGUCACUAAAUACUUGGAAAGUGUUGUAUUGCAAAACAAUAAUCUAAUUCUGUUAAAAACCCACAAAACUAUUCUAAUGAGAAAUCACGAAACAAUCGUAGACCGUGUCAUGUUGUUGUCUGGAGGUGCCACAGGAACAGAUCCUCUGUACUCCGGCUCCAUCGGACAAGGCAUGCUGACAGGAGCUGUGUUUGGUGAACUUAAGAAAUCACCCCCAUCUCAAACUAUUCUAGAAGUCUUACGCAUCAUAGCUUCAAAGAACAAACAAGGCAUAUUGGUUAUUGUAUCAAACAAUCUCGCAAACAGAUUGAAUUUUGGCUCUGCCUGCCAAAGUGCAGCACAAGAGGGUAUAAAGACUUUGUUGGUCAGUGUUGGUGAGGACGUUUCUGGGGUCUGUGUUUCAAAAACAGUUGGAAGAAAAGGCCUUUGUGGCAUAAAGUUUUUGUUCAAAAUAGCAGGAGCAAUGGCAGAAGGAGGUAAAUCUUUAUAUGAAAUAUUUCAAACUAUAGAAAAACUAAAAGGUAAAUCAUUAGGAACAAUAAAUGUACAAAUUCGUCUAGAUAAUAUGGUUAUCGGCUGUGAUUGCAAAGGAGAAUCUGAGAAGACGUUUCCCUUAGGAGAUACUUUUGACAGUGAGGGGGAUGAUGGAAAACUUAAUUUCAUAGCCAAACAGGCAUUGUACCACAUUUUUCAUCCAUGUUCAUAUUUUUCUCUGCACAUAUCCAAGAAGGACCAAAUUGCAAUUAUCAUAAACAAUUUAGGAGACUUGUCUGACUUCCAUUUCAGCCUAAUUAUUAAAGACAUUCUUGAACAAAUAAAGGUACUAGACUUCUCAGUUAAAAGGCUUUACACUGGUAGAUACUCAAACUCAGGUUCAGCGGGAUUUUCAAUUAGUGUUCUUAAAGUAACAAGUGAUAUACUUGAAUUGUUAGACUAUCCUACCAAUGUUAGCUCUUGGAGUAGUGAAUUUGCUGUUCCUUCAGAUGAUAUAGAUAAAAGAGUAAUUUUGGAUUCACCUUCAACUGCUGCUUUAAGUACAAUAAAUUACAAAAAAUGUAUGGGUCCAAAGUUUACCAAAACCGAAGCCUCCAACCUAUUGAAUGUUCUUUCCAACGCUGUUGUGACUAUUGAAAACAUGGAAGAGUAUCUAAACAAACUAGACAGAGACAAUGAUUUUGGUACAUCAGUGAACAAAUUUGCAAGUGCUAUAAAAAUGGAAAUAGAAAACAGGCGUUUAACAAUUGUAUCACCUUAUCAAAUUUUGGAUCAGUUGGCACAUUUAGCUGGAUUUUCCAUGGGUGGCGUUGCAGGUGGAAUAUUUUCCAUUCUCUUUUCUUCUGCUGCUCAGGUGUUCUUGAGAGCCCCUCCUAAGGCUCCAGUAGACCUGAGCAUGUGGGUGGAGGCAGCCAGGUGUGCAAGGGAUGGUCUCCAACGAUUCACCAGAGUUCAACCUGGCGAUGGAACUAUUCUGGACGCCCUUGACCCUUUUGUUCAAUCUACUGCAGAAUACUCUGUUAAGGGACUGAGCAAGAGGGUGGCAUCAGCAAUGAGAGGUGCUGAGGGUUCAACUAGGAAAAGUAAGACAUUACCCAGAAUGUCAGACAGCUCUACAGUGUUGGGAGACACACGUGACCCAGGAGCUCUGUGUCUGGCUGCGGUCCUGCAGACGAUCUUCAGCAGCAUCCAGCUGGACCUGGCGGCAGCGGAGGCUGAGGUUCAAACAAGAACAAACCUCUACACAGAGAGUCAUACAACGUUACUUAGAGGAGAAACCGUCAAGAGUUCAAUCACUUUGGCGCAUUCACAUCGUGAGAGAAGGAAAUCACCCCACACAUCCAUGGACUCUAGACCUAAUGAAUCUAACAUUCUGAGUGAAAUCCAAUCAGAAAAUAUGAACCAGUUAAACAUGUUGUUUGCGGAUAUUUCUAAGGAAAUGGAAUUUGGAAUAUUGAAUGACAAUUGACUUAAUAAAAUAAAUAUAAUUGUGGCUAGUACUGUAUAAUCAAAUUUGCUAUUUCACUUCUUGGAUAAAAAAAUCAAUGUUUACUUUAAGCCCC